AUGCUGACGGACAGUGAGAGCUUCCCUCGCGCCCCGUCCGUCCUUGCCGGGACCUACAGGUGCUAUGGCUCACAGAGCAGCUCCCCCUACCUGUUGUCACACCCCAGUGACCCCCUGAAGCUCCUGGUCUCAGGUCCCCACUGGUACCUGUACGUCCUCAUCGGGGCCGCGGUGGCCUUCGUCCUGCUGCUCGGCCUCCUCGUCCUCCUCCUGGUCCGACACCGGCGUCGGGGCAAAGGCAGGAAGCGGGCAGCGGCAGCGUCAGUGCCUGAGGACAGAGGCCCGCCCAGGAGCUCCGGUCCCGCUGCGGCUGCCCAGGAGGAGACCUUGUAUGCUGUCGUGAAAGACACAUGGCCUGAGGACAGACAGCUGGCCAGCCAGGCUGCAGUAUCUGAAGACCCUCAAGAUGUGACCUACGCCCAGCUGAGCUGCUUCACCCUCACGCGGGAAACAAGUGCACCCCCUUCCUCCCAAUCAGGGGAGCCUCCAGAUGAGCCCAACGUGUAUGCCUCUCUGGCCAUCCACUAGCCCAGAAAAGACCCAUAUGGCCACUCCACGGGUCUGGAAGGUUCCCUGCAAGGACCCUGGAAGGCACAGGGGCUGCCCACAGUGGGUGGUACCUAAGGAGCCUGGAGGCAGGACAUGGACCACCAGCAACUCCUAGGACCUUGUGGAAGUUGACUGCUUCCAGGAAUUCCCAUCACGACACAUCUGAUGUUACAGUUCCUAGGUUCCCUGGGAAACGCCAAGAUUAAUUACCAAGUGGCAACCUGUGGUGUGGGGGGAACCCAGCACUAAGCUGCAAGAAAUAGGGAACUUCUGGAGGCUUCCCAGCAGCAUCCCACGGCCCAGUGGCAUCAUACUUGAAGCUGGGCACUUUAAACUGACCUCAGAGCCCAAGGCCUCAAAAGAUGGACUUGUGAGUAGUGCUGUAGCCCAGGAGGGGUUGCCCAAUGCCAAGGGCUUCCCUUUUCCCAAGACCACGCCCCUUCCCCAUGCAGCUUCUCAACAAGGCAGAGAAAAGGGAAGCUGCUCUCCCUCCAGACCGUGUUCAGCAACUCCAGAUGCAGGGGGAGGGGAGCAGGGUGCCUCAGCUGUCCCUUCCCAACACAGCAAUGUAGUAAGCUUUGAAACCAGCCUGUCCUGUCUAGUAAGCCCCCAGCAAACCCCAAUUUAACUGGUUCAGUGUUCAGCUCCUGCCAACCUUAACCCUGACUUCUUUUUGCCAGGGUCAAGGUUCAAAGGGCUAGAGACACUGGGCUGACCCUGACCUCCACUUGCUACUUCCCCUGCCUGGGAAGGAGUCCCCCGACCCCCAUGCAAAUAACUGGCUUGACAAUUUCCCCUAACACUGCUGGCAUCCCUGCUGAAAUAAGGAAGUGGUAUUUGUGCUGCUCACAACUGCACCCAAGGACCGCCAGCUGGUAGGCUCCCCGGGCCCCUCUAAGCAGGAGGCAAGGCUUGGAGUGUGAACUGGCUGGAGGGAGCCUGGUCAAGGAUCCGGCCUGUGCCUCUUCCCACCAGAGGCUGUAUGUUCAGAACAGGAAGGGAGACACAAAUACCAAUAAACACCAGUUCCAAA